UCUGCCCAAAGUCACGGUCCCGAGGAGCGGCGGCCGGGAAGGGCUCUUCCCGCGUCGCUGGUAGUUGCUCUUGCCGGUGAUCCCUUGCAGCGUAUUGCUCCCCCAACAGGCAAAACUUUCUAUUCGCACACAGAUCCACACACUGACGUCUUUUGCGCAUUUCCUGCAUUGGGGAGACAGACACACCGAGCGAGCGAGCGAGAAGCGAGCGAGAGGGCCAGCUGGGGGAGCCUUCCUCGCCCAGCAUCAGGCAAGCCUAGCCCGUGGCACAAGCCAGACCAGCGGCCUUGGGGUGGGGAGGGAAGGGCGGGAACCUCGUGUUGCCGGCGAGAGGCGUUUUUCUUUUCUUUUUUUCCCCCCUUUCCUUUUUUUUUUUUUUUAAAUGAUCUGAAAAUAACAGAAAAAGAGCCGCCCUCCUUUCCCGAGCAGGUCGAUCGGGAGCAGUUUCUCCUCAUGCAUUGGGUUCGAUCCCCUGGAUCCUUGGCCUUGGAGGAGGAGGAGGAGGAGGAGGCGGAGAAGGCGAGGAAGCUCCCGCUGCAGCCGAGGCGGAUGUAAGGUUCCUCGGACUGUGUGAUUUCCCCCCCCCCCUUCUCCCCUUCAGUCGGAAGGCUGCGAAGUGGGCAGGGCUGCGCGUUAGGUUCGGUGUUCCUGGGUGUUUGCUUUUCUUUCCGACCCCCCUUCCCCCUCCUCUCCCCUCCCUCCCCUCCCCUGUUGUUCCUGCCGCCGCCGCCGCCGCCGCCGCACAGGCAAGUCAGCAGCAGAGCGUGAGCGCCGGAUUGCUUUCAGCGGAGGACUGCUCAAGGAUUACGCUCUGAACGAGAGAAAGACGACGGCGGGGGAGGCAGUCUUCCUUUUAAGAAAAUAAUAAUAAUAAUAUAUACGCAUAUACAUAUAUAGAUCUCGACACGUCCCUGUAUCCCCCGCUCCGAAGAUUCUUUUGAAUGUGCUGCGAUCGCAUUUCGGAUUUCUGCAAGCAGGCACGCGCGAUCCCUCUCCCCUUCCCUUCUGCCCCCCCAUCCCACCCCCGCCUUUUGUUUUUCCGUUAAAAACACACACAGAGGCCAAUCUCUCUUAAAUCUAUGCGUGUGUGUUUGUAUGCAUGUGUGUGUAUAUAUAUAUAUAUACACAUGCGUGUGUACAUGAAUGUAUGCCUGUAUGCAUUCACUGGGUGUCGCAAGAGGAAAAACUAGCCAAAGCCACCGAAAGGAGCCCCCUGCACCCACCCACCCCCCACUUCACUUAAACCUGCCUUCUUAUUUAUUGAGACAUCUCCUAGAAACCUUCCUGGCUCCGGAGCGUGCUUAAUCCCAAGGAAAAGUGAAGCCAUCUAACCAUGGUGGUUUUUAAUGGCAUGCUGAAAAUUAAAAUCUGCGAAGCGGUGAAUCUCAAACCCACCCCUUGGUCGCUAAGGCAUGCGGUGGGUCCCAGGCCACAGACCUUUUUACUGGACCCCUACAUUGCCCUCAAUGUGGACGAUUUCAGGAUCGGGCAGACCUCCACCAAGCAGAAAACCAACAGCCCUGCCUGGAACGAUGAAUUUGUUACCGAUGUUAGCAACGGCAGGAAGAUUGAAAUGGCCGUUUUCCACGAUGCCCCCAUCGGGUACGACGAUUUUGUGGCUAACUGUACUAUCCAGUUUGAGGACUUGCUGCAGAACGGGAGCCGGCACUUUGAGGACUGGAUUGAUUUGGAGCCAGAAGGAAGAGUGUACGUCAUCAUAGAUCUUUCAGGCUCUUCAGGUGAAGGGGCAGGAACUUCAGAAGAUAGCAGAUCAGAUUCUGUACAUUGGAGUCCCACUCAAAGAAGAGGAACUUCAAUCAUCUCACCCAAAGAAAAUGAAGAAAGAGUAUUUAGGGAACGGAUGCGCCCCAGGAAACGCCAGGGGGCAGUGCGACGCAGGGUCCAUCAGGUUAAUGGGCACAAGUUUAUGGCCACCUAUCUUAGACAACCAACCUAUUGUUCACACUGCCGAGACUUUAUAUGGGGAGUAAUAGGAAAGCAAGGGUACCAAUGUCAAGUUUGCACUUGCGUAGUCCACAAGCGAUGCCAUGAGCUUAUAAUAACAAAGUGCGCUGGCUUGAAGAAGCAGGAAGCCCAUGAUGAGGUGGGUUCUCAGCGUUUCAGUGUUAACAUGCCUCACAAGUUUAGCAUUCACAAUUACAAAGUGCCCACCUUCUGUGACCACUGUGGUUCAUUGCUUUGGGGUCUUCUGAGACAAGGUUUACAAUGCAAAGUUUGCAAGAUGAAUGUACAUAGACGCUGUGAAACAAACGUAGCACCCAACUGUGGAGUAGAUGCUAGAGGGAUCGCUAAGGUACUUGCGGAUCUUGGCGUUACUCCAGAUAAGAUCACUAAUAGCGGACAAAGGAGGAAGAAGCUUGUUCCGGGUGCAGAAUCUCAACCGCCGGUUCCUGGAUCCUCACCAGGAGAAGAUGACAGAUCAAAGUCAGCACCAACUUCUCCAUGUGAUCAAGAAAUCAAAGAGCUUGAAAAUAACAUCAGGAAAGCAUUAUCAUUUGACAAUCGGGGAGAAGAACAUAGGGGAGCAGCAACAAGCUCAACUGAUAGCCAACUUAACACACCCGGGGAGAAUGGGGAAAAUGGUGACGUCAAAGCUCAGACAAGGCGAAUGGGCCUGGAGGAAUUUAACUUCAUUAAAGUAUUAGGAAAAGGCAGCUUUGGAAAGGUCAUGCUGGCGGAACUCAAAGGUAAAGAUGAAGUAUAUGCUGUGAAAGUCUUAAAGAAAGAUGUCAUUCUUCAAGAUGAUGAUGUGGACUGUACCAUGACAGAAAAACGGAUUCUGGCAUUAGCACGAAAGCAUCCUUAUUUAACACAGCUCUACUGCUGCUUCCAGACCAAGGACCGCCUAUUUUUCGUCAUGGAAUAUGUCAAUGGAGGAGACCUAAUGUUUCAGAUUCAACGUUCACGCAAAUUUGACGAGCCUCGCUCCCGCUUCUAUGCAGCAGAAGUCACAUCGGCACUCAUGUUUCUACAUCAACAUGGCGUCAUCUACAGGGACCUGAAACUGGACAAUAUUCUUUUGGAUGCAGAAGGUCAUUGCAAACUGGCUGACUUUGGCAUGUGCAAGGAAGGAAUCUUGAAUGGAGUAACAACUACUACCUUUUGUGGAACACCAGACUACAUAGCUCCAGAGAUCCUCCAGGAAUUAGAAUAUGGUCCUUCUGUAGACUGGUGGGCACUGGGGGUUCUCAUGUAUGAAAUGAUGGCUGGACAACCUCCCUUUGAAGCUGAUAAUGAAGAUGACCUCUUUGAGUCUAUCCUACAUGAUGAUGUGCUAUAUCCAGUAUGGCUUAGCAAAGAAGCUGUCAGCAUUUUGAAAGCGUUCAUGACAAAAAACCCAAACAAACGUCUGGGCUGUGUGGCAUCUCAGAACGGUGAAGAUGCCAUUAAACAGCAUCCAUUCUUCAAAGAAAUUGACUGGGUUCUUCUAGAACAAAGGAAAAUUAAGCCACCUUUCAAACCUCGGAUUAAAACCAAACGGGAUGUAAAUAACUUUGAUCAAGACUUUACACGAGAAGACCCAACAUUAACACCAGUGGAUGAGACAAUUAUAAAGCAAAUCAACCAAGAAGAAUUUAAAGGCUUCUCAUAUUUUGGAGAAGAGCUGCUGCCAUAAGAUAUUCCCCCCACCCCUAAAUUGGAACCGCCAGAUCACAGAUGCUGCAAGUUGUGUUCUGAAAAAUCCUCCAGCUACACCAUCAAGAACUGCUUCUCUGAUCAUGAGCCUAAACCCAUUACUUUCUACUGUCUAUUUAUUGUUAUAUUUCUUUGAUCUGGAGGCACUCAUAUUAGCUGUUUUACAAAGCAAUGCAAAAUAUUUUGUAUUAGAAAUUGUAAAGGUAACACAUUGCUGUUGUUUUUUGCUGCUGUGUCUCUUGUUCUCUUUCUAUUCAGACUUUUUUUUAAUUUUCAGGAAGGCUUUGCCUUUUUUAAAAUCACCUAGCACUGUCAAAAGUAAAUUGUUCAACCAUUUUUAAUAUUUAAAAAUCACUAGGAAUUUUAGCUUCAUCUUUUAAUGCUUAAAAUUAUGGUCUAGAGUAUGUACUGAAGGUUAGAUAACUUUUUUCCAAGAUGCCAUAAAUAGGUAUCUCAUCACAUUGUGCUAGAUGGAUAAGUAUAUUUGUUAUAUGAUUAUAGAGAGAGAGAAAUACUUCAUUAUGACUUAUUUUCACCUCAAACACAAAUCUAUAAAUCAGCCAUAAGAUUUACUGAGCUUGGAAUCAGCUCAUUGCAUUCUGCGAUGAUUGCUAGGGGCCUUAUGAAGCAUGAGAGAUAAACAUAAAACCCUUUUGCCAUUGAUUUCAACAAAUUGUCAACAGGAAUAGUUGAGCUUACACCCUUAACAUUCAAAUGGAUAGGUUUGGAAUGAACUUCAAUUCCUCAAUAGGCAGCUCUUUCCAUGGAAUGCAACCUUAGGAAACUGAAGUUUUGCAUUUAGUGUCAGGCAAGAGAAAUAUGCCCUAAUCUGUCAAAUGUGAUCUUCUCAAAGUUCUGUUGUAUGUCUUAGAAUGGUGUUUUUCAGCCUCAGCGGCUUUAAAAUGUGUGGACUUCAACUCCCAGAAUUCCCCAUGCUGGAAUUCUGGGAGUUGAAGUCCACAUGCCUUAAUGUUGCUGCGAUUGAAAAACUGUGUCUUAGAAGAUAAACACUGAUUUUAAAUCUUAUCUGGGGAGGCAAAACCUUUGGGAACCAUUUGGAGAGGAAAAAGCCGCUGCUAUGAGUAAGUGUUAGGCACCUCUCCACUCUUAGGACUACACAUUUUAAAAUUUCAGGCUCAAGGUUGUUUUAAAAACACACCAAAAUAGAUUGGAGGUUGGAGGGUCUAACUUUUUGUCUCCUACUACUAUCCUAAUUUGGACUGUAGUUUCUAGUGUAGAUGCAAGCAAUUGUAUUUAGUCUGAUGGGGAACAAACCCCCAUAUUCCUCCCCUUAGAUUCACUGAAAUAAUUCAGAUUUCAUCUUGCUUCAGCUAAUUUAAAUUCAGUUCCUUUAUUAGGCCUGUUUUAAGUAUGUCUGGCUCCAACACUAGGUUAAAAGUUUUUACACAUUUGGGCUAAUCAUGCAAGUCAUUUAUAGAAUCCAAUGUAACAAUUUCUUUCCAAUUCAUGUGCAUAGAAUGGAGUUCCCAGAUUUCCAAUAUUCAAAAUAAACUGAAUGAAGCAUUUACCUUUGAAAGACAAGCAUUUUAAAUAUAUGAGAGCUGAGAGAUCUGUCUUGGUCAAUAUGGCUACUAAUUGAUGCUCCAGGUAUAAUACCAUGUAUGCCUUCAUUAAUUGCUGUCCCAAGGCAUUGUUACCUGGUGAGCAAAGAGAUGCUAGAAACCCACUUAGUUCUAGUACACAGAAAUAAUUUAGUAAACUGUGUAGAGGCUGAAAUACACAAAAGCAGCUGAAAACAGUUUCCGUUUGGCAGCUUAUCAUGCGUCUGAGAUCUCAGUUGAACUCAGACUGGCUUUCAUCCAUUUAACCUCAGAGGGUUAAAUCAGGGGUCUCCAAACUUGGGAACUUUAAGACUUGUGGACUUCAACUCCCAGAAUUCCCCAGCCAGCCAUGUUGGGGAGGCUGGGGAAUUCUGGGAGUUGAAGCCAACAAGUCUUAAAAUUCCCAAGUUUGGAGAUCCCUGGGUUAAAUGAAAAGGUAACUGAAAUCUGUUGAUACACUACAAUUUUUCAGAACUCAGAUUUUUUUUAAAAAAAAUACACUGCCUUGGUUGAUUAAAACCCCUGCUCUCAUUGUGAUUGGAAGCAACAGAGGGCAGCAUUGAAUUCUCAGAAUUCAAAGAUGUGAACAAAACUACAUAAUCUGCCCUAAUCUGUUUCACAAUCAGAUCAAAGGAAAAGGCAGUUUUCCACAUGCAAUCAGAAGUUGCCAUGAUAUAUGGACUUCUUUCAGGGUAAAGAUGCAUCAGACGCAGAGAAAAUGGGAAAGUUGCAGAGAAAAUGCUAGUGAUGGCUACACGGAUGCCAACUCUUUCUCUAACUGCUUCUUGGUGUUGCACUGUCCUAGUCGGAACCAGAGCUUAGUUUGGGGGAGGGGGUUCUACUUAUCUUUACUACCGGUUCACAACGGGAGUGCGCGCUUCUGCGUAUGCACAGAUCGUCAAUUGUGACGUCCGGGUGGAUGGGUGGAGCCUCCCAUCACUUUUACUACCAGUUCUAAAGAACCAGACAGAACCGGGAGCAACCCACCACUGGCUUAGUGGGACAAGGGCUGCUCUAAGCUUGUGAGUUGACAGCUGCCCAGGAAUAAGACAGUCAAUUGCUGGGGAUCGUUUCCUCUUAAUUCUGAUGGGAGCCUAGAAGGAGAAUGUCAUCAAGAUGAAAAAGCCAUUGUAUGCUAUGCAGGACUUCCUGCAUAUUAUGAUUCUGAGGCUGAACUGUGCCACUUUUAACCCACAAUUAAACCUCAAACACGAUGGAACUUAUUAUUAAGCAAACACUCAUCGAAAACAUAGUUAGAAACUCUAUGAUGUUCUUCUUAAAAUCUGUUUCUUGAAACUUUUUUUUCUAGAAACGCAAGUAACUGACAGGAAGGAAUCCUACCCUUCUCUUUUCUAUGGGUUUCAGUCACCCAUACUUAUAGUAGAGCAGCUUGCUAAAACAUUAACAAGCCAUGCUGUGGUACAGCAGUGAAUGGAGCAAAAUGAUUUUCCACUGCCCCUUCCCCCAACAUGUAUAUUUUAAAGAGCAUUUUGUUGCAAGGCUGGGUCUUGAAAAAGCAAAUACUCUGACUGAAAGCAUUGUGAUUAAAAUAAUAAAUGCUAUGGAAAACAUUUCAGGAAAAAGCUAUAUUUUUAAAGAAUACAUGACUUUUUAAAAGUUUUUAUUUAGAAAUUAUAACUAAUUUUUUUUUUUAAAAAAUCACUAACACAAAUGCUACAAAGACAGGUGUUUCAAGGGCUAAGAAUGGACAAAUUCUCAAAAGCCUAUACUAGCUUUAAUAAAGCAGCAUAGGUUUUCUACGGUUCUUACAGCAGCUUUGCCAUAUUUAUGAUAAUCCUUCCAUAGUCAAACUGUUUAAAAGCAUGUGCCUAAAUUGUUUAUGUCAUUGGUGCAUUGACAGGUGUGAAGGGGACUUAAGGGGGAGGGGGGAGCCUCUUUUUUAUGUAUUGAACCUGAAUGAUGACCUGCUUUGCUUAUUUAAUUUUAACUUCAAUAGCAGUGUGUUACUUUUGCAGGCUUUUACCCACAAAAAUGGGAUGACCCAUCCUUCAUUGUACAUAGCCUUUGUCCUCCCUUUCUCUUUGCUGAAUGCUCACCUCCAGUUACCUCUGUCCUCUUCUGGGGCCCUGUGUAAAAGCAGAGGGCUGGAGAUGGAGAUCCUGGAAUGCCAUACUACUGUACUGUGGGUCAGCCCAGUAGUACUACUGUUUGGUUGUGAAAAGCUUUGAAAGAACUGAUGUGAUAAUUGUGGUCAAUAGGAAAACCACAAAGCAAAGCAAAGCCAUUCAUGAAAUGAAAAAAGGAGGGAGAGACUAAGAUCAAGAUUCAAAAACUGACAUUGUUGAAGGUUGUAAAUGGAUUUCUUGUGUAAUCAUGAUAAACUGGUAACUCAUGUGGAAAAUACAUUAAGAAAGAAAUGUGAAGUUACCGCUUGUAGAUAUGCUGAUAGUGUUAUUUACUCAUAUUUCUGGGAAUACUGCAUUUUUGUAUAUGUGAGCGUGGACAUGCGUGCUUGUAUAUGUAUCAUUCACAUUUAUAUAUAUAUGUAUAUAUACAUAUAUAUACACGUAUGUGUGUGUAUAUAGAUUAGUCUAUAUAUAUAUAGACUGAAUGAGCAGUUAAGGGAAUCCUUUUUAUUUGUUGCACUUGGAUUUUUCAUAUAUACACACACACACAAACAUACACGCACACUUACAUACAGGGUGUACCAAAAGUGAAGCCCCAUAGACACUUUAUUAUAAAAUUUACAUAAAAUGUUUGAAUUGGUUGCAAUUUUCUUCUAAACACUUCCUUAGUCGUUUAACACUUGUCAUUUGACCAUUCCUAAGUAUGGUAUAUGAUCUUUUUCUCUGAAAAAAAUAUUAAUAAAGCAUAUUGUCUAUGCAUAAAGUAUAUUGGCUAUGGAGCCUGACUUUUGGACAUGGGGAGACAGAGGGGCAGUCAUAAAGCAUUUUCCCAACUUUUCCUUUCUUCUUUUCUCUCUCCGUCUCUCUCUCCCUCUCCCUCUCCCUCUCCCUCCCUCUCUCUCUCUCUCUCUCUCUCUCUCUCUCUCUCUCUCCCAGUGAGAUUUGUAUAUAGAUGUUUAUUGCAAGGCCUGUGGGACUCAAUGAAUAUAGAGGUAUCAACUGCUGCAUGUUCAGGCAUAUUAUUAAAAUUAGCCUAUGAAAGAAUAAUUAUGAUUAUGUCCAUGUGCACUACUCUGUUUGUAUAUUGGUUCAAGUUACUGUCACAGAUGAAUUUCCCUCUCUUUUUUUCCUUAUAGGACAGAUGUAAACCUAUAUUAAGCUGUACUGAUUCUCCCGUACAGUUCGCUUAAACUGUAUAUGGAAUGGUAGAGAGAGCGGGGAGAGGGGGAGAGAAGGGACCACUAUUGACCAAAGCACAUCUUUCAGACACAUGCCCCAUCUCAUGUGAUCUCUAGGAGAAGAAAAUGGUUGCAGAAAGGCUUCUUCGUCAGAGAAUGUAGAACCUCCUGGCUAUCAAAAGUGACCUUCCAUGCUAGUAGAUAGGAACAGCAUCUGAACUGGGUAUGCCUGGACAGCUACAGGAGCCUGCUCUGGAGCUCCUCUUAAAAAUGCUUUGUCAGCAAUUUGAGCAAGGAUAGUCUGUCAUAAAAAAUGUCAUGUGGUAAAUUACAAAGAGCUAGGCUGAACUACUUGAUACAUGGAUAAAAUUGGUCAAAUUGUUGCAGACUGUGCCUUCAGAUGAGUCCCGAGGAACCCACCAACCAAAGCAGGAUUGCCUCAAGGCAUACAAUCCAUAACAUAUAGACACUAUGCCCCAAUUUCCAGAAAAGGCACCUGUCGUGGGCUUCUCCCAUGUGGCCUGUAACUUUCCAUAAUGUCGCAAGAAGCCACAUGGAGCGAUUUCCAGGCCUCAAAUUAGCUUGAAAAGGUGGUGCAAGUCAUCUUUUGAAAGAGACAGGUUACAUCAGUUUUAUGUAUGGCUGUUCAGAGCCACUUUUGGUGACAAAGACAUUUAAUUCCCUUAUGUUGUGUUUUUUUUAAACUCAGGUGUAAUUAUUAUUAUUAUUAUAUAUAAAUAUAUAUACAUAUAUGUAUGUAUUCAUAUGAGGAUUUCAGAAUAUUAAAUAUGCUACACCAAGUCAUGUGUUGUCUGGCUUACCAAAGUAAUAAAGUAUCAAACAUUGUUAAAUAAUUUAUUUUAUUUUUAAUAAAAACUAAGGGGCUGGGGGUAGGGGGAAGAAAUCCCAUCUCCUCACCCUCUGGCUUCUAGAGCGAAAGCACAGAAAUAUCACAAAGGAUGUAUCAUCUCAUUGUAUUUUCAUUUUAGAGGGAAAGAGUGUAAAAAUGCCCUUUAGAAUACCUGAUCUGUAUAUUUUUCUUAUGAAGUUAACUUUGAACAUCCAGUGCAAGAAUGAACAAAGCCAAGCGGUGUUUUCCAUAGGUGAAUGAAAACUUUGGAAAUUGCAAAAGGACUCCCAAAACUGCAGAAUGAUUGCCCAGCACAGUCUUGUUUGCAUGGCAUGCAAGGUCUUUAUACAAAAUGGAGAUUAGUGGUUCUUUAUAAGAGAAUAAAAUGUGCAUUCCACAAAGCUGCUGUAAGCAAAAUGGUGGAGUAUAUGACUUCCCUUUCCUGGCAUGCACAAUUUCUGACAAACAUUUAUGCAGUUCCUGUAUUUCUCUCUUUAGGAUGCCAAAUAGGAAAAAGUUAGUGUUUUUGCAUGCAAAGAUAUUUCAGCUGUAAUCCUGAAGUCCACCUUGAUCCUGCAACAGAAACCCAUGCAAUUAAACUUUAAUGGAUUUCGCCCAUGGCAGGUAUGUGGCUAACAUAUAUCUCAGGCUGCAUCAUGAUACCUGAACCUGAAUGUAUAUUGAAUUGCCUGGGUUACUGUCCAGAUUAAUUUUUUUUAUAGAAAUGGGUGAAUCUAUCAGCAUGCAAGGCCACCAAAGAGGAUACAUGGCACCUGUACUGUACUGUACUGAAAGCCAAAGGAAGCAAUUGGGUUGUGUGCAGAACUUCUUGCUGCCAUCAGCGUAUAGGUGAAUUCUAUUCCUGAACCAUUCCAUUUAGCAGUUUCCUCAUUUUUCUCAAACCUUCAAAAAAUUAGCAGGUAAUUAAAAGGUUUUUUUUUUCUUUUUGUAAAGUUUUCCCCCUAUCCUUCUGGAGUGAUAGGAGAAGGAUGCGUAAAAAGUGUGCGAAAUGCCAAAUGGAAAAAUGGAAAGAAAUCACAACAGACCACUUUUUCUCAUUUUGUUUUUUUUGAAGUCACUGUUCAUGGGGAUAAUAUUGCCUCUCCCUCUACAAUAAAACUAAUGUUCUCUCUCUAGAAAGGCUUUAAAAAAAACCUUAUCUGAAAUUUUGUGGAGAAUAGUUCUUGGGGAAAAUAUGAAAUUUACUGAAUGUUACAGGACCAGGUAGUAUUUUUGCUUUGUUUUGGGUUUGUUUUUGUUUUUUCUUCAAUUGUGAGAUUUUCUUUGUACAGACUUUUUCCUACAGUUGUAAUUUAAAUCUCUUGCCAUUCAUUAGGGUUAUUUCACUGUAGCCAUUAUUACUGUGCCAAAUGUACUGUAUUCUCAAGUAUGUGAAUGUGUAUUGUUUCAGAAGCUAAUAAAUACUAUGAUGUUAAAAAUG